AUGUCGGAUCCUCCUUCUCGUCUCCGUUCUAUCCUCAAUCAUCUCCGCCCUCACCCAGCAGCGCCUGUCAACUUCCACACUCUAUCACCUACAACAUUUCUUGAGCGCGCCGCUUCCAUUGAGCCUGAUGCUGAAGCCAUAUUUCAUAUCACUGUGAACGGGGCUGUACUGCGUCGCUCAUAUGCUGAGUUCGCUGACCGCGCCCGAGGUCUGGCUUACUAUUUCCUUAAGCAUGGCUAUCGGCGCGUAGGCAUCCUUGCUCCCAACACACCUGCUUUCCUCGAGUCCAUCUAUGGCAUUGUCGCUGCGGGAGCUGCUAUUGUCCCGGCCAACUACCGUCUGAAACCAGAAGACAUUGCUUAUAUAUUUGACUUUGCUGAAGUGGACUGCAUUAUUGUUGACAAUGAGUUUGUUGGCUUGCUUGAUGCGUACAAGGAGAAACAUGACAAUGUUCCUCUGAUUAUUGAUAUGGUUGAUUUUCUCCCUCGCGAGCAGGUUCAUGCUUGUCUUAAGGCUGUUGCUAACCUUGUUCAUCAGGAUACGGAUGCUACUGAAGGCCAAUUAUCUGGUCCCUUUGAUGAUGCUGUUCUCGAGGGCUUGAAGCAUGAUAUUAGCCAAGGAAACCACGGUUGGGCAGGUCUUCAUGCUCAGGCACGGAGUGAGGAUGAUAUGCUUGCUAUUCCAUUCACUUCCGGGACAACAUCAAAGCCUAAAGGUGUCGUUUACACACAUCGAGGUUCUUACUUGGCUGCCAUGGCCAAUAUUAUUGAGUCAGGUUUGAAUAUUGGCCGAUGCAAAUACUUGUGGACACUACCAAUGUUUCAUGCAGUGGGGUGGACAUUUCCCUGGUCUGUCGUUGCGGUACGAGGUACGAAUGUCUGCUUGAGAAAGAUUGAUUACCCUCUUAUCUGGAAGUUACUGAAGGAGGAGGGCAUCACACAUUUCAACGCUGCUCCAACAGUCAACACAUUGUUGGUGGCAGCUAAGGAAGCCGAAAAGCUACCACAAGAAGUCAAGGUUACUGUAGCAGCCAGCCCACCAACAGGAUAUCUUUUUGAACAAAUGACAAAACUGAAUCUCAUCCCCGUCCACGUAUACGGAAUGACAGAAACAUACGGUCCCAUCACCAAAUGCUAUACUCUACCGGAGUGGGAUCACCUACCUCCCACAGAAAAAUACGCAAAAAUGUCUCGGCAAGGUCACGGAUUCAUUACUAGUCAACCUAUCCGUGUCAUCAAGCAAGAUCAGCCACAGGGGGUCCUUAUUGAUGUCGCAAAAGACGGCAAAGAAAUCGGUGAAAUCGUCUUCAUGGGUAACAUCUGCGCCAAGGAGUAUUACAAAGACCCUGCGGCUACUCGAGAAUUGUUUGCCGGGGGCGUUCUCCAUUCUGGUGACCUUGCGGUGUGGCAUCCAGAUGGCAGUGCUCAGAUUCAAGACCGUGCCAAGGAUAUCAUCAUCUCUGGUGGCGAGAACAUCUCAUCUGUUGCUCUUGAGAGCAUGUUAGCGCAGCACCCCGACAUUCUCGAGGCUGGUGCAGUCGCCGUGCCAGAUUCUCACUGGGGCGAGCGGCCCAAGGUUUAUGUCACCGUCAAGGAGGGCAAGAGUGUGACUGGAGACGAAAUCAUUUCGUGGGCCAGGCAUCAGAGUGAUAUCAGCAGAUUUAUGGUCCCUAGAGAGGUUGAGAUCGUGGACGAGUUGCCAAAGACCAGUACGGGAAAGAUCAAGAAGAACGAUCUUAGAGAGUGGGCUAAGCGUGGAAGGACAAAGGCAUGA